CAAUCAAAGUAAAACCAAAAAACCAACAUUUACAAACCGCCAUGGAUGCUCCCUACAAUGUUCUCAGCCUCAUCAUUGCAUGGGCUCUUCUCAUGCUCUCUACUACUUCUACCACCCGUAGUUGCCGCGGAGCGUGGUUCGGAUCACUCGCGGUCGACGACAGCUUCGUCUCGUGGGACGACUUGACGGUGAGCUCGAACAAGAGGAACGGGCUGCAGGCGGGUGAGGGGGGCGGCGGCCGGGUCAUCGUGGUCUCGCGCGACGGGUCGGGGGAUUCGAGGACGGUGCAAGAAGCCGUGGACAUGGUCCCGGACGGUAACAAUGAGAGGGUUAAGAUCCUUGUUUCCCCCGGAGUGUACCGAGAGAAGGUGACCAUCCCUAUAACAAAGCCGUACAUCUCGCUGAUCGGCGAGGCGGGGAGCGCGAGGACGACGGUGAUCUCAUGGCAUUCGAGGGCUUCCGAUCGCGACACGGACGGUCAAGCCGUCGGAACCUUCUACUCGGCCUCUUUUGCAGUGGAAUCCGAUUACUUCUGCGCGAACGGAAUCACUUUCGAGAACACAGCUCCAGGGGCUUCACCAGGAGCAGUAGGAGAACAAGCAGUGGCACUUAGGCUCUCAGGGGACAAGGCCAUGUUGUAUCAGUGUAACAUAUUGGGGUCCCAGGACACACUCUUUGAUCACAGUGGGAGGCAUUACUUCUUUGAUUGCUACAUCCAAGGGUCCAUUGAUUUCAUUUUCGGAGACGCGAGAUCCCUAUAUCAGAAUUGCAGGCUCCACGCCGUCGCGAGCACCUACGGGGCGAUCGCGGCGUCGCAGAGGGAUUCGCCGUCGGACGACUCGGGAUUUUCUUUUCUUAGUUGCCGAAUAACGGGCUCCGGCAUGAACUACCUGGGGAGGGCCUGGGGAAGGUAUGCAAGGGUGGUUUAUUCUUAUUGUGAGAUGGAUGGUAUCAUCAUUCCUGAAGGGUGGAGUGACUGGGGAGACCCAUCAAGGGCAAGGACGGCGUGGUUCGGAGAGUACAACUGCAGAGGAAAAGGCGCCGACUCGAGAAGAAGAGUGCCGUGGGCAAGAUCACUCAGCUACGACGAAGCGCGACCUUUCCUCGAUCGGAAUUUCAUCGACGGCGAACAAUGGCUGAACCUGUAGCUUUUUUUGUUCUUUCCUUUUGUCUUUGCUGAUGCACAAAAGAGGAACAUUACAUAAUUGUAACAUAGCCUUUCAAUACUUACCGCGAUUUAACUAAUCGUCAUCGUCGUCAU